AUGACGAGCCGCCUUCUGUACUUGUUCCAGGAAAUCUCAGAUGGUUACAUCUCUGGCCCUCACCCUUUGUUGUGCUUGCUCCCAACGGAAACGCCACUCCACUCAGAAUCUCAAGCGCUGAUUCUGAUAUUGACUGUCUGCCAAGCGCCUUUGAGCAAACUUCAACACUUGCGAAAUAGUCUACCAGAUCAAGUUGUUGUUCAGCGCAUAGAGGAGAAACUAUCCGCUCUUGGGAACUGUAUAGCUUGCAAUGACCAUGUUGCUCUGACGCAUACCGACUUGGACCGGGAAACUGAGGAGAUAAUUGCUGAUGUUCUCGGUGUAGAAGUUUUCAGGCAAACAAUCGCCGGUAAUAUUCUUGUCGGGAGCUACUGUGCCUUUUCAAACCGAGGCGGCUUGGUUCAUCCUCGUACAUCCAUUGAAGACUUGGAUGAGCUUUCAACGCUGCUUCAGGUUCCUUUGGUGGCCGGCACCAUCAACCGUGGGAGUGAAGUAUUAGCUGCUGGAAUGACUGUAAAUGAUUGGACUGCCUUCUGCGGGUCAGAUACCACAGCAACCGAGCUCUCCGUCAUCGAGAGCGUCUUCAAGCUGCGAGAAGCGCAACCAAGUGCCAUUGUUGAUGAAAUGAGGAAAUCGUUGAUCGACAGUUACGUUUAA